AUGCUACACCAACAAAACCAGUACCAGAUUGCUAUAUCGAAUCAAAAAGAUAAUGAAGUUGUCAUAGUUUGUGAUUUUUCUGAGAACUAUGAGGCAAAAUUAGCAAAUGAGGUCCAAUCCUUGCAUUUUGGCGCUUCAAAAAACCAAAUAACAUUACAUACUGGCAUGGUUUUUUGGAGAGAUGAAUCUCAAUCAUUUUGUACUAUAUCGGAAUCAAAUAAUCAUCGCCCAGCCGCUAUCUGGGCACAUUUAACUCCAAUAAUAAAUAUCAUUAAAAAUAGAACACCAAAUGUAACGAUUCUCCAUUUUUACACAGAUGGACCAUCUUCCCAGUACCGACAGAAAAAUAAUUUUUAUUUGUUAACUGAAUUUACAAAAAAACUUGGAUUUGAUUAUGCAACCUGGUCUUAUUUCGAAUCCGGCCAUGGAAAGAGCGUUGCCGAUGGUAUAGGAGGUUGUGUAAAAAGAACUUUAGACAGAAAAGUCAGCCAAGGAGUUGACGUAGCAGAUGCCGAAGAUGCACACAAAAUUUUGAAUGAGUGCCUAAAAGUAACAAAAGUUUUCCUUAUUAAAGAAAGUGAUAUAGAUGAAAUAACGGAAAUUUUUCCUAAUACCGUUCCGCCGCUGAAAGGAACUCUUCAAAUCCAUCAAGUUGUCACGCAAAAAGACCAGACAACAAUAAAGUUCCGUAAUAUUAGUUGUUUCUGUGGACCUGUUCGUGGCCAAUGAAAUGAUAAACCUCAGCAAUUUACAUUUACUCCAAUUUCAAAGAACCGCCAAUCUUCCAAUAACUUUUCCAAAAUCUUCGAACCGCAAAAAACUCUUCAUUUGCUGCCUUCUGAACAUAAACCUUCUAUCAUCUCCCCUGAAGAACAAACAUCUCCUGAACAAAGUAGGCUAUCAAUGGUUUUCAAGAACAAUCAAUCUUAUUCUAAUGAUAAUAGUGGGAAGGAACUUUUACUUGAGAUAGGUUCAUUAAUACCCUCUGAUUUAGAUUCUUUCAAUAAUAUUAAUAUUGCUGACUCCGAAGACUUUGAGAAACUUGUCGAUCUGAAUGAUAUAGAAAUAUUACCAAUGAUUAUAUUACCAGACAAAAAAGACAAGACUAAGCCCGAAGUAAUCGAUACUACGAUAAAUGAUAGUAAUUUGAUCAAAAAUUAUAGUACAAGUAAAAAAAAGGGUUUCAUUGAAUGCCAGAAGUGUACAUGUACAAUAUUAGAUAGAAAAGCCAAAUGUAUGGCUUGCCAAAAAUGGUUUUGUGAGGAAUGUAUCGACGGUCCUAUAGAAUUUGAUUAUAUAUGUGAAAAGUGCUUCGAAGACAUUACAUGGAAUGAGGAUACUCUGUUUGAGUACCUCGAGAUCCCCAAGAAAUACAUCCCCGGUACCAAGAUGGUGUUCGCUGGCUUAAAGAAGACCAAUGAGCGUGCAGAUCUUUUUGCGUACUUAAAAGAAGCUACUAAGUAUAUCAAUUUAGAGAAGUAUUUACACAAGUAG